AGCGUGAACUCAAAUCCAACCUGAAGAAGAGGUUCCAGUGUGUGUUUGAGGGCAUCGCUAAAGCAGGAAACCCAACCCUUCUGAAUGAGAUCUACACAGAGCUCUACAUCACAGAGGGAGGGGCUGCAGAGGUCAAUCAAGAACAUGAGGUCAGACAGAUUGAAACAGCAUCCAGGAGACCAGCCAGACCAGAAACCACCAUUAGACUAGAAGACCUCCUCAAAGCCUCAGGUGGAGGAGAAGAACCAAUCAGAACAGUGAUGACUAAGGGAGUGGCUGGCAUUGGGAAAACAGUCUUAACACAGAAGUUCACUCUGGACUGGGCUGAAGACAAAGACCACCAGGACAUAGAGUUCACAUUUCCAUUCACCUUCAGAGAGCUGAAUGUGCUGAGAGAGAAGAAGUUCAGCUUGGUGGGACUUGUUCAUCACUUCUUCAGUGAAACCAGAGCAGCAGGAAUCUGCAGGUUUGAAGAGUUCCAGGUUGUCUUCAUCUUUGACGGUCUGGAUGAGUGUCGACUUCCUCUGGACUUCCACAACAAUGAGAUCCUGACUGAUGUCACAGAGACCUCCUCAGUGGAUGUGCUCCUCACAAACCUCAUCAGGGGGAAGCUGCUUCCCUCUGCUCGCCUCUGGAUAACCACACGACCUGCAGCAGCCAAUCAGAUCCCUCCUGAGUGUGUUGGCAUGGUGACAGAGGUCAGAGGGUUCACUGACCCCCAGAAGGAGGAGUACUUCAUGAAGAGGUUCAGAGUUGAGGAGCAGGCCAGCAGGAUCAUCUCUCACAUCAAGACCUCACGAAGCCUCCACAUCAUGUGCCACAUCCCAGUCUUCUGCUGGAUCACUGGUACAGUUCUAGAGGAUGUGUUGAAGACCAGAGAGGGAGGACAGCUGCCAACGAGCCUGACUGAGAUGUACAUCCACUUCCUGGUGGUUCAGUCCAAAGUGAAGAAUGUCAAGUACGAUGGAGGAGCUGAGACGGAUCCACACUGGAGUCCAGAGAGCAGGAAGAUGAUCGAGUCACUGGGAAAACUGGCCUUUGAUCAGCUGCAGAAAGGCCACCUGAUCUUCUAUGAAUCCGACCUGACAGAGUGUGGCAUCGAUAUCAGAGCAGCCUCAAGGUACUCAGGAGUGUUCACUCAGAUCUUUAGAGAGGAGAGCGGACUGUACCAGGACAAGGUGUUCUGCUUCGUCCAUCUGAGUGUUCAGGAGUUUCUGGCUGCUCUUCAUGUCCAUCUGACCUUCAUGAACUCUAGUGUCAAUCUGCUGUCAGAAGAACAAACAACUUCCUUGUUGUCUAAAGUCUUCAGAGACAAACUUAAACCAAAAUAUCUCUACCAGAGUGCUGUGGACCAGGCCUUACAGAGUCCUAAUGGACACCUGGACUUGUUCCUCCGCUUCCUCCUGGGUCUUUCACUGGAGACCAAUCAGACUCUCCUACAAGGUCUGCUGACACAGACAAGAAGUCGCUUAAAGACCAAUCAGAAGACAGUCCAGUACAUCAAGAAGAAAAUCAAUGAGAAUGUGUCUCCAGAGAAAAGCAUCAAUCUGUUCCACUGUCUGAAUGAACUGAAGGAUGGUUCUCUCGUGGAGGAGAUCCAACAGGCCCUUAGUUCAGGACUCUCCACAGAUAAACUAUCUCCUGCUCAGUGGUCAGCUUUAGUCUUCAUCUUACUGUCAUCACAAGAAGAUCUGGAGGUGUUUGACCUGAAGACAUACUCUGCUUCAGAGAAGGCUCUUCUGAGGCUGCUGCCAGUGGUCAAAGCCUCCAACAAAGCUCUACUGAGUGACUGUAACCUCUCAGAGAGAAGCUGUGAAGCUCUCUCCUCAGUUCUCAGCUCACAGUCCUCAAGUCUGAGAGAACUGGAUCUGAGUAACAACGACCUGCAGGAUUCAGGAGUGAAGCUGCUGUGUGAUGGACUGAAGAGUCCACACUGUGACCUGGAGGCUCUCAGGCUGUCAGGCUGUUUGAUCACAGAGGAAGGCUGUGCUUCUCUGGUCUCAGCUCUGAGCUCCAACCCCUCCCACCUGAGAGAGCUGGACCUGAGCUACAACCAUCCAGGAGACUCUGGGGUGAAGAUGCGGUCUGAUGGAGUGAAGGAUCCUCACUGGAGACUGGAGACUCUCAGACUCAGUGACUGUGACCUCUCAGAGAGAAGCUGUGAAGCUCUCUCCUCAGUUCUCAGCUCACAGUCCUCAAGUCUGAGAGAACUGGAUCUGAGUAACAACGACCUGCAGGAUUCAGGAGUAAAGCUGCUGUGUGAUGGACUGAAGAGUCCACACUGCGACCUGGAGGCUCUCAGCCUGUCAGGCUGUCUGAUCACAAAGGAAGGCUGUGCUUCUCUGGUCUCAGCUCUGAGCUCCAACCCCUCCCACCUGAGAGAGCUGGACCUGAGCUACAACCAUCCAGGAGACUCUGGACUGAAGAUGCUGUCUGAUGGACUGGAGGAUCCUCACUGGAGACUGGAGACUCUCAGGGUGGAGCCUGCUGGAGUCCAACGGUUGAGACCAGGUGUGAGGAAGUAUUCCUGUGAACUCACAAUCGACACAAACACAGUUCACAGACAACUCAAACUGACUGACAACAACAGGAAGGUGACACAUGUGAAGGAGGUUCAGUCAUAUCCUGAUCAUCCAGACAGAUUUGACUACUAUCGUAACCUGCUGUGUAGAACUGGUCUGACUGGUCGCUGUUACUGGGAGGUCGAGUGGAGAGGAGGAGUUGAUGUAUCAGUGAGUUACAGAGGAAUCAAGAGAAAAGGAGACAGUCAAGAUUGUUGCUUAGGACAAAAUAAUCAGUCCUGGAUUCUGUGGUGCUCUAGUGUAGGUUACUCUGUCCGUCACAAUAAGACAGUAACACGCAUCACCUCCUCCUUCUCCUCCUCUGGUAGAGUAGCAGUGUAUGUGGACUGUCCUGCUGGCUUUCUGUCCUUCUACAGAGUCUCCUCUGACAGACUGAUCCACCUCCACACCUUCAACACCACAUUCACUGAACCUCUUUAUCCUGGGUUUGGGCUCUGGUCCUUGUCUGGUUAUGGUUCCUGUUCUGGUUCCUCAGUGUCUCUUUGUCCUCUUUAGGACAGUGGAGAACCUUCCUCUCUGCUCACCACAUAGUUCAGUCUGUACAGCUGAUGGAGGUUCAUGUGGGUGCAGGUGGAGCAGGUGAGGGGUACCUGAGCUGGUCUGGACUCUGGGGGUCCACAGCUCUCUGGGACUUGUGGUGUUGCAGAUGAACGAGUGAAAGAGCUCAGCGAGGUGUGUUUUAAUGUCUCUGUGGAUGAAUCAAUGAUCAUCAUUUAGAUGUUGGGUCCAAAUUAGGGUUUAAUCUUAAUUUUCAUGUGUCGCAAUGUUCAAGAAGAAAAUUUAUAAAAAAGGUAUCGCUCUGCCCUAAUAUGAGAUAAAUGUAUCUGUAUGAUAAAUGGUCCUUAUUUUUCGAUCCGAUUUUGACUUCAAAUCGUUCCAAAUGUGUGCAAUGAAAUCCAAUCGAAUUUCCUGUCAGUUUUGUUCUGAAUAAGAAGAAAGGGUUUAAUGACAGAUAAUAUCAGGUACUUCUGUUUUUAUUAACGUUGAUAUACCAGUACAAUGUUGAGUCCCUCCAUGUAUUACUUUGGGAAUAUAAUUGCAUGAUUUAAGUAAGUUUCUUCUUCUUUUGUUGAUUUCAGUUUUUAUUUGAACUUUUAUUGCAGCAAGAAAAUAAUGUAACUUUUGUUUUCAGU